AUGGACAAAUGGGAAUCUAUUCAGUAUUUUAAAACAUUACUCACCGAGAACAGAACAUAUUUUGAGACAGGUAAAGAAACACAAGAAAGGAUAACAGUAGCCGCAUCUCCCCUCAGAAUAACAACUAAAGAAGUAAGGGAGACAUGUAAAAAUUUAAAAAAUGGUAAAUCCGCAGGCCCGGGAAAUAUACCAGGAGAAUUAAUAAAAUAUGGGACGGAAAAUCUGUAUCGAAAUAUAACAAAACUCUUCCAAAUGUGCAUAGAUGGCGCAGAAGUACCAAAAUAUUUUAAAACCUCAUAUAUCACGAUGAUUUUUAAAAAAGGAAAUCGAGAAGACUGUGCAAACUAUAGAGGUUUGGCAGUGACAAGUACAUUAAGUAGAAUUAUAUGGAAAGAUACUAAAGAAUAA